UAUACAGAAUUUGUCCUGAAAAAUAGCAACACCAUUUGCAAUAGCCAAUCGCCCAAUGGCUAAGGAAUUACUCUACUGCUUCCUAACACAGUCUUAGCUCUGACUCUCAUAGUGCUUAUACUCUGCAUUCCAGAAAAGAGCUAGCUAAGUGUACACAUGUACUUGGGAGGGUGGACGGGACUUGCAGCUUCUCUGGUUCAGGCGAAAUAAGUAGUGAGUUUGACUCUAGAUUAUAUCAAGUAAGAAAUCCAUCAUGGGUGACCUCAAGAGACUUCUUAACCAAGGAGAAUAUGCUUUUUUUGGCUCUGCUCCCAUGCUUGAAAGCAGGUUUAUUCAGAUUAACCAAAGAGGGGAACUGAUUAAUCUUCACAAUCGACCGACCUGCGUGACCAUCGGCAUCUGUGCUGCCCGUUCACCAAUGCCCAGUGGAAUGCUGCUAGCACACAAGGUGCCUGUGUCCCCACAGGAAAUAAUGGCAAAUCUCCAGAAAUUCUCAGAGAAUCCAUCUCAAGUGGAACAGCUAACACUUAGCAGGUUCUUGCCCUUGAAGUUUGUAGAACUCUCUGUUCACAGCACAGAUAAGAAACAGCUCAUGUUAAAAUUAGUAAAUGGCCGUUCCUAUUAUCUAGAGCUCUGUGCUCCACCAGACCAACAACAGCAACUAUUCCACCACUGGUUGAAGCUAAUCUCUCUCCUGAGACGUCCAAAAGAUACUAGCAAUACCAAUGUCAACAUAAUAUGUAAGGAUUCUGGCAUGAGUCAUGAGAAAGCUCCCAGCCCCAACAAGUCACCAGACAAUAGCAACAACUCACAAAACGUGCCUAACCCCAAAACAGAGGAAGAAACUGUUACUGAACAAACCUCCUCCAAUCAAGUUCUCUACUCAGAUAGUGUGGGUUCCACCGAAAAAAGUGAAAAGGAAAGGGCAACUUUCAACAGCUCCCAGGAAGCAACCAGGCUAGAAACCACCAUGCAAUCAAAGAGUAAAGAUCCUCUGGAUACAAUAAACAGCAAAAGCAAAGAGAGAAGGAAGAGCAGGACAGACAAAAUGAAGCCAAAAAAAGAGAAAACACCGCAACCUUCAGGAAAUCGAAAGAGUGGCAGUAAGUCAAGCAUAGGCUGCUUCAAAUUAUACUUCAGAUGAUUUGUCAGUGAGAAGGAAUAAUAGAAAAUAAAGCAAAGCAUCCUGUCAUCAGAUGCUUUUAAAACAGGGGCCAGACACAUACAGAAUAAAAAAAAAACCCGAUGCUGCAGUCUUCAGUUCUACAAUUUACUGCUGAAACAAAAACUCUAUAUUUCUCUGUAUUUAAUUCACAACUAGCAGUAACAAAUAUAUUUUGUUCCUUGACAUUUUAUCAGUGACUGAGGCCAUUUUUCAGGGAGAAGACUUUGUAACAUGCAGCAGAAGGCAAAGAAAUUGACAUUGAAUUAAUGCUUGAGUAUGGCUUACACAUUUAUGCAGCACUGGGAAAGCAAUUUUCAAAGCAUUGCAAGAAGACAAGUGAUAGUGAACAAUACUAUGCUAGGAAUGCAAAAUCACACUAAUACAGAAUGUUAUGAACUUCUAGAUUAAUGUGAGUAGAUCACCGUUAGUUCAAGAACCUUUUGUACAGCUGUGCAAGCUGAUGUAGCUGUCUUCCAUUUCUCUGCCCACCAUACAAAAAAGCAUCUGAAGCUCUACUACAUUUACCAAUUGAGGCAACAACAGAUAGUUACCCAAAAACCAACUAAAUUCUCUGAUACCCACUCUGUAUACACAUUCCCCACUACUACUUUUGUACCUGGCGUUGGGUUUCUGUGUAGUUUUAAGCAUAUGAAGUAUUUUAAUGAAAUUUUGAAGCACUGUAAUCAUAGCCAAGCAUGAUUACAGGAGAGGGAAGACUCAGUAGGCUUUUCUGCAAGUGAGCACAGAGGAUAUACAUAAUUCAUAGAUUCAGAGAAGACAAAUGCCAAUCUAAUGUUCCUUGAGAAAAUAAAUUAAUUGAAUACUCUUUGAUGCAGCCUGCCUGUAAAUAGAUUCCAAUCUAUGAUGCCAUUAUAAGCAAGUGGUAGUAAAUUCAAAUUCUAGAUAUCACCAAAACAUGAACAAGACUGUAAUACCAUUCAGUGUACUUGGAGACUCCAGAGCUAUUUUCCACGGCAGAAGAACUUUCCAUGUUUUAUUUAUCAAAAGAACAUAGCUGCAUUUAUUGACAGGAAGAAAUCUUUCGGUGGUCCCUGAGAAAAUGUUUGUACAGCAUAUUUUCUGUUUGAGGGACAGUGAGUUACAUGAUACGUGGUUUAUGAUGUGCUGUUGUCAACUACAUGAACAAACAAAACACUGCAAGAACAACAAUCAGUAACAGUAAUUUCACUAAGGCUUGUAGAGAGACUGGCUGCAGAUGCUUACUGUCAUUGACUUUACACAAGUGAGGAAGUGAAAAUGAAAACUAUGGAUCACUGGAAAACUAAUGAUAAUGCAUUUUGAAUACUUUUAAAUAAAGUGUACUGCAUUCAAAAAGUCUGUGAAACAAUUUUUUUAACUAGCACAGAAGUAAUAUCUAUGAUACUUCAUAUCAAGAUAUGCUGCAUUGUAUUUCUCUUUGCUGACUGAAGACACAGAUACAGUCCUUUAUCUGCAAAAACCAAGAUCAGUCUCAGAACAACUUACUGUACUACCAGAAACAUUCACUCUUGUAUCCUAAACUGUGGUAACUCUGAUAUACCUUGAAGGGGCACAGAGGAUUGCUGCAACAUGCAAAUGUUCCUCAGUUCACUGGAACACAAUCUAAAGUGCUCUCAAUCAGUGCUGAGCAAAACUGAUUGCUGUAACAAAUGUGUAACUUCAGAGUAUCAGCUUUUCCAGAUGGUUGGGAAGAUGGUUGAAUUGUUGCAUAGCAUAUGCAAUAAAAAUAUACUAUUGAUCACCGAACCUGAAGCAAGGAAAAAUAAAUCAUUACGGAUGCUUGCUGUGUUACAUACCAAAACAGUCUUACACUGAGCUGAUUCAUAAGAUUGGUAUGCAGUAUUGGCUCAAGAUGCCAAUGCAGGCUAUCAGCUCCUCUGAAAGAAAAAUAACUGCUGGGUGAAUGACAGUCAUUGAAGAUCCUGCAAGCAGUAGAGCUAUGA